GGAAGUGGGAACAGAGCAAAGCAGCAGCAUGUCUGAAUUGCAGAAACUUCAGCAGACUGAAAUCCCCUCUGCCAGGCAAGUCCUGAGGGAGAAUUACAGCAAACUUCACAAAGUGGCCGACUACUGUGAGAAUAACUACAUGCAGGCAACAGACAAGAGGAAAGCCCUGGAGGAGACCAUGGCUUACAGUGCCCAGUCCUUGGCUAGCGUCGCAUACCAGAUCAGCAAUCUAGCCAGCAACGUCCUCCAACUGUUGGACCUGCAUGCAAGUGAACUCCACCAGGUGGAAGCCAACAUCUGCUGCGUUGCGCAGAUGGUGGACGUGCACAAGGAGAAAGUGGCUCGUCGGGAGAUUGGAACGCUGACAGUCUGCAAGAGGCCCCCCCACUACCAGAAAAUCAUCUAUCCAACAUACCAGGAACCCCUGGAAGCUUACUACAGGAAACCCCUCAACUUCAGCAUCCUGGAUGGCGUCGGUCAUGGGAUAAAGGACCAGAGCACGCAGUUGUCACGAACGGGAACCUUGACUCGGAAAGGAUCCAAGAUAUCAUCUGGACAGUCUAUGGGCACCAUGGGGAAAAACUCUCGUAUCCCAGAGCCCAUUCAACUGCCUGUGGUUCCGGAAGGCAAACUCUCAGCGGCCUCCUCCACAUCGUCUUUAACAUCCCUCAGUUCCAGUGGAGCAGCUGGCAACUUCAGUGCCAAGGUGCCUGUCGCACAACCUAUGCCGCCCUCAGUGCCUCCUCCAUUGGACCUAGACACAAUGCCUCCCCCUCCCCCUCCGCCUCCUGUAGACAUGCCCGAACCACCACCCAUCGGUUUCGAGAUGCCGCUCCCAGAUGUCCCUCCACCAUUCUCCAUGCCAGGUGCCGACUUCCUGGAGCCCCCCCCUCCGCCUCCUCCAAGCUUGACAGAGUUUGAAGAUUUUGCCCCUCCUCCUCCUCCUCCUCCCCCCCUGGGUACAGAGGAACCUGCGUGGGCGCCAGACAGCUACUUGGAGAAAGUGGUGACCCUCUACCCCUACACUCAGCAAAAGGAGAACGAGCUCUCGUUCCCAGAAGGGGCCGUCAUUUACAUGACCCGGAAGCACUCGGAUGGUUGGUGCGAGGGUGUGACCAGCGAGGCAGAGGGGUUCUUCCCAGGCAACUACGUGGAACCUUUCUGCUGCUGA